AUGAAUGAGUUUAUUAUUAACGAAAAUUCAAAAAUGUAGUUGAGUUUGUUAGGUAUUUGUAAACAUGUUGUAAAAGUUGUGAUGUGAAUUGUGAAGUCUUUUGAAUAAUUCUUAUUAUCAGUAAAGUUUUAGUUAUUAUUUAAAUUAUCGAUAAAAGCGAUGUCUUGAUGUUCGAAGUUAUAUUCGUAGUCCAAAAUAUGUGUAAUUAAAGAAAAUAAAAUAUAAUAAUUUCAAUUAUGUAUACUUAAUACUUAAAAAUGUGUGUAAGUGACUUAUAGUAAAAAGUAAUGAAAAAACCUGUGAAGUGUGAACUUAUUUUGUUUCUUCGAAAAUGAAGGUUGUUGAAGCGAAAAUCGUUGUACUUGGAUCCCAAGGAGUUGGCAAGACCAGUCUGGUUGUGAGGUACAUCGGCAAGAUGUUCUCGAAGCACAUAUCACCGACGAUCGGCGCUUCCUUCUUCACCUGCAACAUCAAUGUUGAAGACGCGAGGGUUAAGCUCCAGGUGUGGGACACUGCAGGCCAGGAGAGGUUCAGAGCAAUGGCUCCAAUGUACUACAGAAACGCGAAUGCUGCUCUUCUCGUGUACGACAUCACGAGCGCGAGUAGUUUCGCUGCCAUCAAGGGAUGGGUCAAGGAGUUGAAGACGAACGUGCCAGAAGCUAUGGUGCUGGCUGUAGUUGGCAAUAAAUGUGAUCUGGAGUCAUACAGGGCAGUCACCCAGUCCGAGGCCAUUCAGUACGCGUCGUGUAUCGGCGCUGCUUACUGUGAGACUUCGGCCUUGCACGACCAGGGUAUAGACCACGUGUUUCUCAGCACAGCGAGCUCGCUUCUAGAACUUUCCGAGUCCAGUCUAGUCUCAUCCCUACGCUCGUACGACUCGAUCGACGGCGAAGAUAGAUUGCCCAUAGGCAACCCCACAGAGGAGACGGCCACACAUACGGGCAAAGUGGAGUUGCCAGCGUGGAGAGACAACGGGUUCGCCCACGGAGAAAUGCAGAAGAGAAUCCAUAAUCAUCUAAGUGUUGUGAGUGCACAAGUAUUCCAGAAUUUGGUGAGUCAACAUUUCCUGAGGAUAACUUGUGUAGAGACGAGACACAUGUUGAAUUGAUAAAAGACAAAUCUUACCGGAAUUGACACAACAUUUG